GUGCUAGCUCACUCUCGACGUCGACGUCUAUCUUCUCUCCGCCAGCGCCAGCCUCAUCCUCAGCGUCUGUAUCAAGAGCGCGUCUUCAAAAUGACCCUCCCCCGCCCAUCCCUUCUCUCAUAUCGACACCUCCCCUUCCUCCUCCUGCUGCUCUCAACCCCAAUACAAGCAUGGACCUUCGUCUGGCGCAACUCCACCGGCGCCAACGUCGCGCACGAAAACAAAAACGCCACCUGCGUCCGCAUCUACCACCAAAAAGACCUCCAGUUCUCCUGGGACCCCGAGGGCCCCUGGUGUCUGCGCAUCUGGCGCGAGGCCGAAUGUGAGAAUAUGAUCGGGUGGGAGUGCGAGAAUACGCGGUGGAGGAAGGAUGCAACGAGGAAUCUGUCCGCGUAUGAUGUUUAUCCAAUGCCCGAGGAUUCGGUGAGGAAGUUUGUUUCGACGGAGACUACGGGGACCAUGACGAUGAUCUCGACGAUUGUGAGUGAGACGAGCACGACGAGUGAAGCCACGACGAGUGAUAAGGGGGCUAGUGCGAGUGCGACGGGUGCCACGCCAACUCCGACGGGGGAGGCGAGUGAAGAUGGUGAUGGUGGAGGAGCGCUAUCUGGAGGCGCGAUUGCGGGGAUCGUGGUCGGUGGUGUCGCGGGGGUGGUUGUUCUCGCGACGGUGUUUUUUCUCUGGGGGAGACGGAGAUCCCAUCCCGGGACUGUGGACGAGCCUGCUGGAGGUGUGUCUGAUAUACCAGAGCAAUUGGCACAUGAGGAUUCUCGAGGACAGUUUCCUGGGUCUGGUCAUGGAUCUGGUCCCGGAUCUGGGUACUCAUACGAUACGAGUGGACCGCAAAUGAUGGAAACAACGUUGGUUGCUUCUUCCGACUCUGCGUCUCGCUAUCACCCCGGUGCCAAUGUGCAUCGUCCUGGGAGAAGACUUCCGGUUGAGUUGCCGGGGGAGAUGGGCGGAGUGGAAUUGAGUAAUUCGAGGCAGUUGAUGGAGAUGGACGGCGAGGGGUAUGUGAAGAGGUCGAGGUCGAGUUCGAUUGCGAAGGAGUAGGGGGUUUGGUGUUUGCUGCUGGUCUGUAUAUUGAGC